GGAGCGGGGAAGAGCUGCGCUCCGUUUACCAGCUGAUCGUCCGCCCAGACAGAGAGCCGGGAGGGGAGAGGGAGGAGAGAGGAGUGACUACUGAUGCUUCGGUAAUCUGCACCGUGUGAGUCAGUGCUGUUGAGAGCCGAGCGGCAACAGACACAGCAGCAGCAGCAGCAGCAGCGAGACACGUUUCUCUCUCACGAGCGCCAACCACGCAGAGGAGCAUGAUGGGAGAGAUGAGCGACUGAGCGAGAUGAGGAAGUGAGACAGCCAUAUAGAAAGCAGCAAGAAGUGAAAGAGAGUACGACGGCUUCUUUUUCUGACAGACGCCUUUCAUUCUUCGCUGUCGAAAGACGGACCAUUUUGACCGAUAGGUCAGUCUGAACUUAUCUAGAGGAAGAGGAGGUUUGCUGCUAGAUAUCGGAAGGUGCCUUCGGGUUCGAGACUCGACGUGGUGCAGGGAUGUCCUGGUUGUCUCCAGUCCAGUGGGCCAAAUGGACAUGGUCGGCAGUGACUGGGGCUGCGGGAGAGGAUGGGCAGCCCAGAGCGAAGGAUGGAGGGUACAAUUCAGACUCGGAGGGAACCUUUGAGACUCCAGAGGCCGAAUCUCCAGGUGUUGUGAAGCAUCUGAGCCAACUGGACAACUCCAACCAUACAGGUCUCCAUGAUGUUACAAACCACUUUCUGGACAACAACGCUGUCGAAACGGUUUCAUUCCAGGAGGUUGAUUCCCUGAACAACCUCACCAACUCCUCGCCGAACAACAGCAGCUUCAGUUUGGAUCAGAACCUGAAUUUGACUCUAAGCACCAAACCCAGUCCAGGUGAGGGCCUCUCCACAUCCACCCCUCUGCCCCAGCCUCAAGCUGUCCGGCCCCCGUCGCUGUCCGUCCUCUCCCCACUCAACAAACCCGAUCCCACGGAGGUGGAUGACGAGGCUCCGGUCACAUCUGACUCCAGCCCGGACUCAAACUCGAGCAGAAGUGUGGAUCCCGAUCUGCUCAAUGGCAACACAAACUCUCUGAUGUCGAACAAAAAACUGACCUGUGAGAUCAAUGACACCAUAAUCACGAACUCCUGUAAGGUGAAGCAGAACCAGGUGAUGCAAAAAGAAUUCAGCGAACAGGAUGAGCAUCAUGGAGGCCAUGCCACAGACGAGGAGAAGUUGGCAUGCAGUGCGAGUGUCCAAGACUGCCAUGUGACACCCAGACCCGAGGAGUCAGACUGCUGCUCUGUGCAAUACGAGGACACAUGCAAACUGAAGAACACGACGGGGGGAAGUGAGAUGCAGAAAACAGGAAGUCAGGUCCUGGAUUCCAUCUGCAUCAGUGAGGCAGAGAAGGAAGCUGUUCUCACCCUCAUCAGGGAGGAGAUCAUCACUAAAGAGGUGGAAGCCAACGACUGGAAGAAAAAGUAUGAGGACUGCAGACAAGAAGUCAAUGAAAUGAGGAAGAUUGUCGCAGAAUAUGAGAAGACAAUUGCUCAGAUGAUCGAGGACGAGCAGCGCAACGGCGCAAGCUCCCAGAAGGCUUUGCAUGCCGUGACAAUGGAGAAGGAAGCCGCCCUGGCAGAUCUGAACUCAGUGGAACGCUCGCUGUCUGACGUGUUUCGGCGUUAUGAAAAUAUGAAGAGCACCCUGGAGGGCUUUAAGAAAAAUGAAGAGGUGCUGAAGAAGUGUGCUCAGGAGUAUCUGGUCAGAGUCAAACAGGAGGAGCAGAGAUACCAGACACUCAAACUACAUGCUGAAGAGAAAUUAGACAAGGCCAACGAGGAUAUCGCUCAGGUGCGUGCGAAGGCGAGCUCAGAGCACAUGGCGCUGAACGCCAGCCUGAGGAAGGAGCAGAUGAAGAACGAGUCUCUGGAACAAGCCCUGCAGCAGAAGAAUCAAGAGAUGGAGGAACUGACAAAGAUCUGUGAUGAGCUGAUCGCCAAAAUGGGAAAAACCGACUGAGAGACACUCCCUGUGAAUCAGUCACCACCGUCCCUCUGGUCCUGCCCCGUGCAUGCGCCCAGUCAGGAAGCAGCGCUUUAUUCCCUGUGCCAGCUCUGCAUCUCAGAGACUGCUUGUGUACAAAUGUCUAAAGUAGCUCCCUGUAUACUACUAUUGCACUACUUGUGACCAGAAUCAAAGAUUCUGUAUAAUGCUAAUUAUUGUCGGGACUUUGUUAUAUGUGGUCACUUUGUUUUGUUUGCAUUGAAUGGCCUUUAUGAGGUCGUCUGGCCCCAUCGUGCUUCCGUCCAACAUGCAAGCCAACAACAACCUGCAUGUGACUCAACUUAAAUUCCCAGCAGCUUAACGGCUAAAUUCCCAGCAAAUGCUCCCGCAGGAUGACAUCAGACUUAAUUCAGGCUGGGGUUGUUUUGGAGUUUCAUUUGGGCAUGAUGGGCCUUUGACAAGGAUUGUUCAAAAAAGCUGCAAUCCACAAAAUGUAUUUUUCAAUGACGUGAAAUACAGUAUUUCACUCUGACGGAGAGAAGCUCAGGGGUAUUGUGUGAGGCAGAAUGAGGUCAGAGUUGAAGGCGAGCUGCGAAAGAGCUGAAGAAGAGGAUUUUGGAUUGUUUGAGGAAGUACAGGAGUCCUCAGGGGCCUUGGUGAGUUCGAGAGUGGCGCAGAAAACAAAAGGAAUCUGGACCACAUUUCAGUGAAACUACAUUUGCAAAUCAUUCACAGCUUUGUAUUUACAUCAUUUACUGUACGACACAGUUUGAGUAGCUGCGGAAUGUUUAUCAUUCACAGAGAAGUAUAAUAACCUGACAAUCAUAGACUCACUUUGUGACUGUAUAAGCUUUGUGUCUUUUCUGAUCAAAGUCAGUACAGAGACGACUUGUUUACUUUUUCCUGAAGUUUAAAUCAACUGGUUAUCAACUAUCCCGUGUAAUAAAUCCUGAACAACUGGAAAACGCACAUGUAACAUAACACUGUAUUUUGGUUGAAUAUAUUAAGAUUAGCGCAGCAGUAUUUCAUUCCCAACACUCUUUCACAGUGCGUCUAAUCACAUUUACCUGUUGCCAUGAAAGAAACUUAAGUUUGACAUCUUUAUUUGACAAGUUUUCUUCUGUUGACUGUUGUGAUGAAGAUAUGAGUUGUCACUUCAGCACUGCACUAGUUAUUCGACAAAUAAAUCUGUUUCUUUGCAUGUUUAUUUUCACGGCUUUGUAUCGCUCAGGAUUCACAUUAUUUUCUUAACACACAAGUGACACUAGUUUUGUUCAGCACAGUACUUUGGUGUGACUUGAAGGGAUGUGACUUCACUGGGUAUUAGUUAAAAUAUACCUGAGUGUUGGUUCUGAUAUAUAUAUAUAUAUUUUUAAAUCUUCAAAAUAAAUUUUCUCUUCAACAUCAGUUGUUACAGAACACAGUUGUUACUUAACGACUAUUUAUCUCAACAUCAUAGAGUAUAUUAUUUGCAAGCCUGUUUUGAAAUCUGUCCAAGCAAUAUUUGUCACUUCACAGAUUUCCAUGACACAAACCCACCGGUGUGCCACGGUUUAUAUUUGUGCCAUUCUAAUGUCACAUUACCUCCCUUUACUCAGCUGGUUUAUUUUGUCGCUGCAGUUAUUGUUUGUAUUUGUAAAUUAGAGAUGGGAUUGUCACACGUUAUGUUGAAGACUAACAGUGAAUGUGCAUACAUUUGCUUGAAUAAACAUAAUUUGUUGUACUGUA